UGGGCUGCGGGAUGCGCUGCUGCAAGAUCUUCUUAGCAGGCAAGGAGGCAUAGCAGGGUCAGGCUUUUGCAGACUGACAUGCCCGGCAUCCUGGAAUGCUUAAGCAUGUGCUUUCACUGGCUGCAUGGGCACCCUGCCCGUUCCAUGCCCGGCUCCCUCCAGCCUCUCUCCAAGGCUUCCUGACAUUUAAUGCCAUGCGGCUUCGCGCAGCGUGCAGGAAUGCGAAGACCUCGAAGAUCAGGUGGGAAGAGGAGCAGCAUGCGAGUGGCGCGAAGUGGCAGCAGCUGGAGCACAGGGGACCGUACUUCGCGCCGCCCUACAAACGGCUGCCGCGGGGAGUCUGCUUCUACUACAACGGCAAGCCUAUGAAACUCAGCGCGGCGACGGAGGAGAUAGCCACGUUUUAUGCGAAGAUGCUCGAUCACGACUACACGAGAAAGGCGAUUUUCAAGAAGAAUUUUUUCUGUGACUGGACAGAGCAGAUGACGUCGGAGGAGAGGAAGAAGAUCAAGCAGCUGGACAAAUGCGACUUCAGAGAGAUUCACGAAUAUUUUGUGGAGAGACAGGAGGAACAGAAAUCUCUGUCAAAGGAGGAGAAACAGAAAUUAAAAAAGGAAGCAGAAAGAAUCCAAGAGGAAUACGGUUACUGCACGAUUGACGGGCACCGGGAGAAGAUUGGCAACUUCAAGACGGAGCCGCCGGGUCUUUUCCGAGGCCGUGGGGACCACCCAAAGAUGGGGAGGGUCAAGAAGAGGAUCAUGCCCGAAGAUGUCAUCAUAAACUGUAGCAAGGGUCCCAAGACCCCGAAACCCCCUCCCGGGCACAAAUGGAAGGAAGUUCGGUGUGACAAUAGCGUGACCUGGCUGGCGUCCUGGACGGAGAACAUUAAUGGGGCCAUAAAGUACAUAAUGUUGAACCCCAGUUCCAAGCUGAAGGGGGAGAAGGACUGGCAGAAAUACGAAAUUGCUCGCUGCUUGAAAAGGGUGGUGGGCAAGAUUCGUGCUCAGUACCGGGCGGACUGGAAAUCGAAGGAGAUGAAGAAGCGGCAGAGGUCCGUGGCCCUUUAUUUCAUCGACAAGCUGGCCCUGAGAGCGGGGAAUGAAAAGGAGGAAGGGGAGACGGCAGACACGGUGGGCUGCUGCUCCCUCCGCGUCGAGCACCUGAGGCUGCAUCCUCGGAUGGACGGGAAGCAGAACGUGGUGGAGUUUGACUUUUUGGGCAAGGACUGCAUUCGCUACUACAACCUGGUGCCCGUGGAGAAGCAGGUGUUCAAGAAUUUGCAGUUGUUCAUGGAGAACAAAGGACCCAGGGACGAUCUUUUCGACACGCUAUCUACAUCAACCAUGAACAAACAUCUCCAGGACCUGAUGGAAGGUUUGACAGCUAAGGUCUUCAGGACAUACAAUGCCUCCAUCACCCUGCAAGAACAGCUGGAUGCCCUGACGGAUGAGGAUGACAACGUGGCUUCCAAGCUCCUCUCCUACAACCGAGCCAACCGCGCGGUCGCCAUCCUUUGCAACCACCAGCGGGCAACUCCAAAAACCUUUGAGAAGUCCAUGCAAAACCUCCAGGCUAAGAUCAAUGUCAAAAGGGACCAGUUGUGCGAUGCAAAGCUGGAGCUCAAGAGGGCGAAGACAGAUUGCAGGACUAAAAGGGAUGGGAAAUCUAAAGCCGCUUUAGAAAAGAAGCUGAAGCACGUAGAGAAGUUGGAAGAGCAGCUGGAGAAGCUGGUCCUGCAAGCCACAGACAAAGAGGAGAACAAGCAGAUCGCUCUGGGCACCUCCAAGCUGAAUUACUCGGACCCGCGCAUCAGCGUGGCCUGGUGUAAAAGGUUUUGCGUGCCCAUUGAGAAGAUUUUUAACAAGACCCAGAGGGAAAAGUUUGCGUGGGCGAUAGAUAUGGCGGACGAAGAUUUUGUAUUCUGACGAGAUCCCGGCUACCUCUUGCUUGUUUUGGUGGCUUUCCCGGAAUUUCCGUGCCUUCGUUGUGACCCUGUUUCUUUUCUUUUGCAAGCAGAAAAUACAUCUCUAAAGGAA